GGACGAUCUGGAGAUUCCCGGAACAACACCGCCACGCUUGAGGAAUAGCCGUGUGCCGAUAGUACAAAUGAAUAAGAGUCCAACUAUCGAGGUGAAAUAUGUCAGAAUACAAACAACAUACAGACUUUAUAGACCACCAUGGCACGAACCAUGAGCGAUACAACUGCCUGCCACCAAACAGGCGCCAAGCGCCCGGCAUAUGACUCCCAUAGUGACAGCGAAGCGGACAGGCCUGUCAAAAAACGGCACUUAUGGGCCAGGUCUAUGUCAAAAAGCGACUGUUGUUGGGACAGAGAGAUUAAGUGUGAUAAUGUAUCUCUUUCCCAGUCAUGUCUAUUGCAUAGGCAAGACUGUUGCAAGAAGACCAUUGGCGUGCACCACCGGGGGACUACCAAGGACCAGUGUUUGUCAACAAUUGCGCCGGAGAAUGAAGGGCAGUGGAUUGAUAGGUCGACGGUUGAAGAUAUAUCGAAGCGAUUGGAUCGCAUUGAGCGGUGUUUGCACUUCAUGUUCCCAGAGCUUUUCCUUAAUCCGGAUACAGAUGAAGGGACCCUGACUGACUCUGACGAUGACUCUGUGACUGUUUGUUCGGAGAAUGAUAGCUACCCGGUGACAUGUCAAGCGGUUGCUAUCGUAAAUCGAUGGCUAGCUCAGUCACAACACUUCUCCAAUAAGAUAUCCACCCAGCCUAGUCUUGCUUUUGCUCAAGAUUAUCUGGGAGAGGUGACAAGCACAUGCAGUGUGGGCGACACUGCGUCUUCGCCUCCUUUAAUUCCCCUCUCCCCUCCGAGUAGGGAUGAUAGGGGCCAGAGAAACGUCAUGACAGAAAUGGAAUAGCUGAAGGUCCCUUCUGGCGAUUACCUCGACCGUGAUCUUAUCAUUUGGUCUUUGAUUGGACGUCUGUGCUUUUUCUAAGGAGUAUCAGGCCAUAAUUUAUGGUCCGAAUAUUCAGCCAAUACUUUAUCUUUUACGAACGACACGUUCUUUCAAGGAAAAGAAACGUGGACUUGUCGUUAUGGCGAUCCCAGUUGGACAUACCCGACCUAAUCUCCCCCAACGUUAAAGCCGGUACAUCCAAGACUCACGACAUACUCGAGCCCGAAAGCAAUUACAUGAGCUCGCAGAACACGAUAAUGACAUCAAACCACCGUCACAAUAAAGUAAUACAUGUUCAAUACACACACAUUCGAAAUUAUCUCCUUCCCCUGCUUCAUCUACGGCCAGUGCUUCCACCACCCAGAAUAGCCAACCGCCCCUUCACCGACCAAACAAUCAAAACGACAGGGGCCAACGUAGGCUUAGGCCUUAAAGCACCCCAACAUAUUGUCUGCCUCGGUGAAACAA